AUGGCUGCGAAAUGGGUCACUGGAGAUAAGAGAAAAGACUUGAAACCUACGAGAGCAAGUGUGCUGUGCUCCAAGCACUUCCGUGACAGCGACGACGUACAAAGCCCGUCUCUGAUGCAGUCGCUGGGAUUGACGAUCAAUAUCACCUGCGGUGCCAAUAAGUGGGCCCUGCUGGUCACCUUCAAUCUCGUAUUCUGGCUCUCGGGCCUGGCGCUCAUGGGACUGGGUGCGUUUCUGCUGAUGGACGAGCAACGUUCGACGCUGCUGCCGCUCUUCCGAGCGCAGCCGGUACAGUACCUGCUCAUAGCGCUCGUCGGCUGCGGCGUGCUGGUGCUCUUGGUCGGCUUCUUCGGCUGCUGCGGUGCCGUUAAGGAAAGCAAGUGCCUGCUGGGGGCAUACUUGGCCUUCCUCUUCCUCGUGCUGGCCUGCGAGCUGGCCAUCGGCAUACUCGCGCUCAUCUUCCAGCACAAGAUAUUAUCGGACAUGAAAGACAACAUGACUGAAUCGCUCAAGAAAGACUACGGAAAAAAGACUCACGUGACGACUGCCUUCGACUGGGCGCAGGCCAAGAUGCUGUGCUGCGGUGUACACGGGCCGGCCGACUACGCGGAGAGCGUGUGGAAGGCGGAGAGCAUCGGGCGCGGCGACAAUGUGAGCAAGACGUGCUGCCGGCUUCGCGACGAGCCGGACGCGCACAAGAACCCACGUCCUCUCAAUGAGACCUUGUGCCAGAAUGGAGACGACAGGCACAGCCGGGGAUGCCUCGCUGGCCUGGAAGAGCUGGCCAAGCGCGAGGGCACGCUGCUCGUAGCAGUCGCUUGCGGAGUGGCCGCCCUACAGAUCAUUGGCAUCAGCGUCUCCAUUUGCCUCUGCAAGCAGAUGUAGCCAAGUCGAGUCCCACCUUCGUGGAACAUAUGGCCGUGAAAGUAAUGAUUA